AUGGCCGAGCUGCUUGAGUACCUCAAGCAGGAUUACCCUGAGGCCCUUCUAAACUUUGCCUCGAAGACCCUGGCUUGGAUCCGCCCCUCGAACGACGCCUCCGACAUGGAGUGCGAGUUCGCCUCCUCGGAGGAAUCCUUCUCAGGCUCUGAGUUCGAGUCUCGCGGCUCUGACUCGGAGGAGGAUGCGGCAGGCUUCCAACCUCUCGUAUCCAGAAAGAAGCGAGCGAAAGCUUCACUCAUAGCGCCAGGUGACGCAACCGAAGGGUCCCCACGCGCAGCGUCCCCCCGCUCUCCCACCCCCUAA